CGGUGCUGUGCGCGCUGCGCUGCGCUUCACGGAGAUUCCCCCACGACUUUACGCUUAUUAAACUGCCACAAUCCGGUUAUUCCGCAGUGUUAGAAUUUCCAAUCAACAACUCCAGUUUAGGCUUUCUCCCAAGUUUCACAACGCCCCUGCUCCGGCUGUUAUGAAGGAAAAGGCGACGGUGGCAAGUUGAUUCCAGCGCGGCUCCAGUUCCAGAUAGGCUACUAAGUGCAGGUGUAAUACGACUAGAAUAAUAAUAAUCGUCCUUGCUGCUGGAGAGGAUGGCUCUACAGGCGGUGAAUGUGAGUGUGGUGGAGGUGUCGGGUUGUGUGAAGCAGGGGAACCUCAGCAUGGAAGUUACCGACUAUAAUGACAGCUGCACCAACAGCUCCGUCCUCCCCAGACCGACCACAAGAACCAAAGAGAUGGACUCGCUGCGCAUCCUGCUCUACUCGCUCAUCUUCCUGCUCAGCGUCUUCGGCAACCUGCUGAUCAUCAUCGUCCUGAUAUUGAACAAGCGCAUGCGGACCGUCACCAACUCCUUCCUGCUGUCGCUGGCGGUCAGCGACCUGAUGAUGGCCAUCUUCUGCAUGCCAUUCACCCUCAUCCCUAACAUCCUGGAGGACUUCAUCUUCGGAGCUGCCAUGUGCAAGAUUGUCACCUACUUUAUGGGAAUCUCUGUCAGUAUCUCCACCUUUAGCCUUGUGGCCAUUGCCAUCGAGAGAUACAGCGCCAUCUGUAACCCGCUGAAGUCCCGCGCAUGGCAGACCCGAUCCCAUGCCUACCGUGUCAUUGCUGCCACCUGGGUGGUGUCGCUGCUAAUCAUGGUGCCCUACCCAGUGUUCAGUGCCCUCAGGUCUUUCCCCAAGACUAACGGUACUGUUGGCCACAUGUGUCGCCUAGACUGGCCCAGCAGGGAAGCUGAGCAGACCUGGUAUGUGUUGCUGCUGUUCACUCUGUUCUUCAUCCCAGGAGUGGUGAUGAUUAUAGCCUACGGUUUGAUCUCCAGAGAGCUGUACCGAGGCAUUCAGUUUGAGCUGAGCCAGAACAGAGAGACCACUGGCCAGAAGAACGGUGUAGGGAGGGGUGCUGCAGGGUGCAACGAUGAUGAUGAUGGUUGCUACAUCCAGGUGUCCAAAAAACCCUCUUCUGCUGUGGAGCUCCCCACCCUCUCUGCCUCGUCUGGCGCCACCCAGGCCAAGACUGAGCGCGCCCGUAGCAACACCUCGGAGGCCAAGCUGCAGGCCAAGAGGCGAGUCAUCCGCAUGCUGAUGGUGAUUGUGGCACUCUUCUUCAUCUGCUGGAUGCCCCUGUACUCAGCCAACACCUGGAAGGCCUUUGACCUGAACUCAGCCUCAAGAGCCCUCUCAGGAGCACCCAUCUCCUUCAUCCACCUGCUGUCCUACACCUCGGCUUGCGUCAACCCCAUCAUUUACUGCUUCAUGAACACGCGCUUCCGUAAGGCCCUGCUGUCCACCUUCGCCUGCUGCUAUCGCAACCGGCUCUGCCGCCAGUGCUGGUGGUGCAGGAAGAGGGAGGCAGGAGAAGACGGCAUCACUGCCACCUCCAUGGCCACGUCAAUGGCUACCUCCAUGUCCAAGUUCAGCUACACCACCGUCAGCACCACCGGUACCUGCUGAGCCUCGAGGAAAGCUAGAUGGUUGCGGCAGGGGCCGCCGCACGGCGGUUACUGUGCACCAUCUGUUUUUUCAAUCUUCUGUUUUUCACUCUUCAUCUUAAUAUGCUAUGCUAUCAUGUGCUGAGUAAAAUCCCUGCCCAUGUUUAUGAGGCCUUUUUAAAAGGUCUUGUUCGAAUUCUGUGUGCAUGGUUGCAGAAUGUGAGGCGGGGAAAACGCUGUUUUAUUUUGGUGACAUUCUUUUUCCUCUGUUUAAUUGGCAGCAUCUGCUUUUUGGCAUCCUGAAGAGAAUAUCAAGUGCCUGUGCUCUUUGUGUGGCUUUGUUUGUCAUGAGUUUGUGAGACGGACAUGAAAUGAAAAUAUGAACCCUGUGUACAUGUAAAUACUGUUUUUAUGUUGGUUCGUGCCAAAGGUUAAUUUUUGACAGAGACAUACUGUUGAACAAUGAGGACUCAUUAACUCAGUAAUGAAUCAGUAUGUAUUUCAACUCCUUUUGUUUAAUGUUGUUUAAUCUUCAUUCAUUCAGAACAUUUCUCUCUCUCUCAGUUAUUCUAUUGAAGGCCAAGUUUUUGGUUUGUUGAAUCCCAAAUUCAUGAAAUAUUUGAAUACUAAAACAUCAUCCUGUUUACACCAAAAGAUAUCAAAUGGACCAGGGUUAGUCCAGCUUUUCUUGACUUUGUUCUUGCUUAGUUCUCUGUUCGUGUUUCUCUCUUAUUUUGUUAUGUUUCAUCAUUUCUUGUGUGUAAAGCCGAUUUCUGCAAGUAUCCAAAUACGAAAAUUAAUUAAUUUGGAUUUUGUUGGCAUCUUAGUAAUAACAGGAUACCCUGACCCUUCUACAACAGCACUUUGCGAUUCAGGCUGACAAAGCAGGUGCAUCUUUACAUAAAUGUCUUGAAGACAGCAUCUUAACACUGUCAUUUUGCCUUAUUUCGUGCCAUGCAUGAGCAGGAAAGCCUGAUGUAUAGAAUCAGGCAAUUUUCUUGUCAACAAAAAGGUUUGGUCACGGAGCGUCAAUGUGCAGUCAACACUGCCACAGAUGUAUGUGGAAUACUGAUGCAGACAUUAACAUCAGGAAAUGAAUUAGUAGAAAAAAGUGCAGAUAGUUCAUCCAUGAAAGGCUGAUCGCACCUGCUUGUUGCUCCAGCCUGCCCCUGCUACAAAUGGCACAGAAAAAUGCUUUAGUCAAACUCACCUUUUCUGCUCAAUUAUCUCUGUGGUGUCUUUUAUGUGCUCUGCCUUCCACCACAGUGCAGCCAAUUACCCUAACCAUUACCGGAGUACAAAGCUCCCCGUUUCCAGGGUAGACUAACGAGGUGUUUCUCAGGGACCCUCUCCAGCAGUGCAAAAUUCAAGGCUUUGCCUUUGUAAAAGUGAUGACAAAUGGCCCCGAUGACACACUACAUCCAAGCCCUUCAAUUCUUUAAUAACAACAAAUUUGAUUUAAAUAGCAUCUUUCAUACAAAGAAUGUUGCUCAAUGUGCACUACAAUUAGGAGAAUCGAAAAAACAGACAAGAAAAUAGUUGGGCAAAAAGGUAGUAGUUAAAUAACAAAUUAGAAUAAGAAUAAAAGCAGUAAUUAAAUACAAAAUUUUAAAGGAAUAUUUUGACAUUACGGGAUAAACACUUGUUUGCGUUCUUGCUGAGAGUUAGUUGAGAACAUUGAUACCACUCUCAUGCCUAUCCGUUAAAUAUGAAGAUACAGCCUGAAGCUGGUUCGCUUAGCUUAGCGUUGAGACUGGAAGCAGGGGAAAACAGCUAGCCUGGCUCUGUAAAAGGUAAAAAAAAAUCUGCCUACCAAGCUCAU